AUGGUAUUCAACCGAUUGUCGGCUUUCGCUGACAAAAUGUGGAAUUCGAUCGCCACUGUGCCGUCCGAUGGCGAUUACAACGCCGUCAGCACACCCACUGGGCGCAGCACCCCACCACCAACGGAGACCGGUUUCGCUCUGUCGGUAAUCCUCUUCGAGGUGGUGUGUUUGAUCUUCUUCGCCCUAAAAUUCGAAAUGCCCAGCCCCAAACACAACGACGCCGACACGGUCAGCACGAUGAAUUACUACCCCAUGUACAUGGACGUUCACGUCAUGAUCUACAUUGGUUUCGGCUUCCUCAUGACCUUCCUUCGCAAGUACAGUAUGAGUGCUGUGUCUCUCAACUUUGUUGUCGCCGUCUUGUCCCUCCAAUGGGGUGUCAUCGUCGUGACGAUGGCCCACCAGAUCGGUGGCGACCACUACACGACCAAGCUACUGGACAUCCCCACGAUGAUUAACGGCGACUUUGCCGCUGCUGCCGUGUUGAUCAGCUUUGGAGCCGUUCUCGGUAAGACCACGCCCACCCAGCUGGUUUGGAUGACGUUCCUUGAAAUUAUCUUCUACGGCUUAAACGAGUACCUCUUACUUGAGGAGCUAAAGAUCACGGAUGCCGGUGGUUCUAUGGUUAUCCACACGUUCGGGGCCUUCUUCGGUCUUGCCGUCACCAUCAUGCUUGGCGUCCCGUCCGAGCACGAACAGGUGCACAACAAGUCUCGCUACCACUCGGACGUGUUUGCGAUGAUCGGAACGCUCUUCCUGUGGAUGUACUGGCCUUCUUUCAACUCGGCUCUUGUAGGAAGCGAUGGUUUUCAACAGGAGCGUGCGGUUAUGAACACGGUGCUUAGUAUCGCGGCGUCUUGCGCCUCUGCGUUCGUAGCAACAAAGAUGAUGAGCCACACGAAGAAGUUCGACAUGGUCCACAUCCAGAACGCCACGCUGGCUGGUGGUGUCGCUAUGGGCACGAGUUGCAACCUCGCUAUUAGCCCUGCGGCCUCUAUUACCGUAGGUCUCGUAGUUGGUCUGGCGUCUACCAUGGGCUACUGCUACGUGACGCCCCGUCUGGAGAAUAUCGUCCGUAUGUCCGACACGUGCGGUAUCCUUAACUUGCACGGUAUGCCCGGCGUUGUCGGCGGCUUCGCUGGCGCUAUCGUCACGUUCUCUGCUUCUGAUGACUUCUACGGCGACAGUCUGACCAGCGUGUACGCGGCACGUGAGUACCGCUCUGCCAAUGAGCAGGGUUGGUACCAACUUCUUGCUAUCGUGUGUUCAGCCGGCAUCGCCGCCGUCUCCGGCGUGUUUGUCGGCUACUUCCUCAAGUCGAAGCUGUUCCGCCAGCAAAAACUCAAAUACGACGAUGAGGAGUACUUCUACGUGCCCGAGGAAUGCCACGCAUAA